UCCUUCAACUGCUUCUGAAGAUGAGCUAACAACUGCUACCACCUCGGCUACAACUACUGCUGCUCCUUCAACUACUUCUGAAGAUGAGCUAACAACUGCUACCACCUCAGCUACAACUACUGCUGCUCCUUCAACUGCUUCUGAAGAUGAGCUAACAACUGCUACCACCUCAGCUACAACUACUGCUGCUCCUUCAACUGCUUCUGAAGAUGAGCUAACAACUGCUACCACCUCAGCUACAACUACUGCUGCUCCUUCAACUGCUUCUGAAGAUGAGCUAACAACUGCUACCACCUCAGCUACAACUACUGCUGCUCCUUCAACUGCUUCUGAAGAUGAGCUUACAACUGCUACCAUCUCAGCUUCAACUACUGCUGCUCCUUCAACUACUUCUGAAGAUGAGCCAACAACUGCUACCACCUCAGCUACAACUACUGCUGUUCCUUCAACUACUUCUGAAGAUGAGCUAACAACUGCUACCACCUC